CAGUAGGUCUCAGUCUCAUUUUACCCAGCCCCUGUUCAAGAUGAAGUUGCUCUGGUUCAAACAGCUCUGACAAUAACAAUUAGAACCCUAUGUGAAGUAGAUUUUUCCUGAUGAAACUUGUUUAGAGAAGUUCCAUUGUAAACAAAGCCACAUAGCAUCACACUUUUACCCAAGUUUUUACUAUACUGUAGCCUUUUGUGUACGUUUUGAGAACAUCCAAGAGAUAAACCUGACCAGAGAAGAGGGGAGAUUGUAUUCAAGAAUAAUAUGGAUUUAGAUUUGCUGGUCAGAAUGGAGCCCAGGCAUUCAGUUUGAGUAUGGUUGAUGGUAGGGUUUUGAGAUGGUAAGUAACAAGGCAGUUUUGAGGAGUUCACCCUCUCUACUCUUCUGGAACCUCAUCAGGACAUUGAGGGAGAAAAAAAGGUAAAAUCUUUGGCUGCUUUUCUAGUUUCUUCCUCUACUUUGCAAUGAUAAGUUUCUAAGAUGUUUUCCUCUGCUCUAUUUUCCCUAUCCCUGUAGCUUUGGUUCCCACUGACAUUGCAUUUCCUGUUGCUAAAGCCUGUUAUUCCUGGCUUCAUUUGGUGGUUGGCCUGAGAGAAGGUACAAGGGUAGCCCAGCUGGAGUAUGACCUGGGUUCUGGACUUUUCUUCAAUUCCUUAGAUUGAGUGUGUGGCUUCCUGCUGGUAACUACUAUGGAGAACAACGCUAGCUUUGAUUGAUUUGAAAGUGAUGUAUUUGAUUUAAAACUUUGUCGUAUAACUUAAGCUUGUCCCAUUCUAGUGUGUGUGUUAUUUCAUUCUGCAGGAAAAAAUAGAUGCAAAGGUUUGUUAUUGUAGCCCCACCUCCUUAAAUUUGUUUAUACAGUCUUCUGAAGCACACCAAGUUCUCUUCUUGGUACUGAUGCUGUCACUAUUAACCACUUAUUAUUGCCUAACAGUCCCUUAUGCCCAAGAUGCUAGUAUUUUGAUAAAUAUAAGAGGCCACCUUAUAUACUAGUAAAAAUUGAAGAACAAUACAGACUGGAAUGCAAUGAAGCGCCCAAAUUUAUGUGGCUCAGGGCUAAGGGUCACCAGCCUUUCCACGUAAUGAAGCCGAUGUGGCAGAGAAAAGCAAUGACUGUUUAUCCUAGCAGAGCCCCUUGUCCCUCCCUCCCACACACGUACACACCUUUAUCUCAGAGACUCUGGGUUCUUUUCCCCAAACUUCUUUGACCCUUAUGCCAACUACGUUGCGUCUGAAAGCCCAAGAAGGGAAAAUGGGGGAGGGGGCGUGUCGCCUGCUUCCACGGGUUUAUGCCCCUGGAAGGCUGGGGGAGGCGCUGGAUGAGCUUUCCCAGUCCGGCUGCUGCCGACCUAGGUCCCAGUCCUGCCCUUUGCUCUCCUGCUUUUCACUGAGUCCCGAGGCUCUGGAGGGUGGGCGUGAGGGUAGCCCUAGCUGAGGCUCGUAGGUCGUCCCGGGCUGUUCAGAAGGCCCCAAGCGGUAGCCACGUUCUGAUACUGGCUAGAAGCCAGGGGAGGGAGCUUGGGGUAAGGGGAGGGCCCUGAGGGAGGGGUCAGACGCUUUAGGAAAGAGUUAAUGCGAAGAGGGGGAGGGGAUAGGACGAAGAAACCGAAGGGAAAGCUCAGGUAAGAAAAGAACGGAGGAGAGAAGCCUUGCGGGGAGAAGGGAACCCGCAGGAUCAGGGGUCAGAGUUAGGGGGCUUCCCCCCUGCUGCACCCUCAUCUCAGGGCCGCCAACUUCCAGCUGCAGCGGCGACUUUCAGUUUCAUUUCCACGGACCCUCCUGCCUGGGCCGCAGCCGCCGCCGCGAUGCCCAGUAAGUUCAGCUGCCGGCAGCUCCGGGAGGCGGGCCAGUGUUUCGAGAGUUUCCUGGUCGUUCGGGGACUGGACAUGGAGACAGAUCGCGAGCGGCUGCGGACCAUUUAUAACCGCGACUUCAAGAUCAGUCUUGCCUCCAGCAAAUCCAUCCUCCAAUCCUGAUGCCAGAGUGAUCUGAAAUGCAAAUAUGAUCUUGCCACUCCCCUGCUUAAAACCCACCAACCGCAGUGGUUCUGUAACCACAGUGUAGCCUCUGACGUGGGCUGAAAGCACAAAGCCAGGCUAUUUGAUCUCUGGAGAAGGAUCCUUUCCCUUCCUGCUUGGGGUCCACCUGCACCCUAUGACUUCGGGUGGAAACUGCUGUCUGAUCAGCCACCUUGCCCACACACUUGGACAUCUGUACUGUCUCUGAUCCCUUCUCUCCUCACCAACAGGCUGGACCCCAUUUCCACCCCUCUGAAUCAAAUCAUUCCGCUUCCCCUUAGCCUCAGCUCUUUCUUCUGGGUUGUUUGUAUUUUCUUCUCUGUCCCAAACAGUUUCCCCCACAAAAAGAACUUUAUGUCUUUCUCUGUCUUCCCUUAGUCCUUCCAGUCAGCAGCCUGUGAUUGGGCUUUUCCCCUCAGAAACGAACAAUCCAGAACCCACUGUUUAAAACAACUGUAUUUUGCCUUGGGAAGUCCCAUUUGCCUUCCCUGAAAACAUUAAACAUUCCUCCGAUCCCCAGCCUGAGUCUCUCUGUCUCUGGGCCCCAUCCUGCUCCACAGCAGGGCUGGUGCAUCCAGCACAGAGUGACCCUCCAGUGCCCUUCCCCACCCGCCGCCCUGCCUCCCGCAAGCCCUGCCUUCCCUCAUUUCCCAGUCUCCUCUGCUUCUGGCAGCUUUGGGACCCCCGCCCCUGGCUUCUCCUCCAUGCUGUAUGGAAUGAAGAUUGCAAAUCUGGCCUACGUCACCAAGACUCGGGUCAGGUUCUUCAGACUCGACCGCUGGGCCGACGUGCGGUUCCCAGAAAAGAGGAGAAUGAAGCUGGGGUCAGAUAUCAGCAAACACCACAAGUCACUGCUAGCCAAGAUCUUUUAUGACAGGGCUGAGUAUCUUCACGGGAAACAUGGAGUGGAUGUGGAAGUCCAGGGGCCCCAUGAAGCCCGAGAUGGGCAGCUCCUUAUCCGCCUGGAUUUGAACCGCAAAGAGGUGCUGACCCUGAGGCUUCGGAAUGGCGGAACCCAGUCUGUUACCCUCACUCACCUCUUCCCACUUUGCCGGACACCCCAGUUUGCUUUCUACAAUGAAGACCAGGAGUUGCCCUGUCCACUGGGCCCUGGUGAAUGCUAUGAACUCCAUGUCCAUUGUAAGACCAGCUUUGUGGGCUACUUCCCAGCCACAGUGCUCUGGGAGCUGCUGGGACCUGGGGAGUCGGGUUCGGAAGGAGCCGGCACAUUCUACAUUGCCCGCUUCUUGGCUGCCGUCGCCCACAGCCCCCUGGCUGCACAGCUGAAGCCCAUGACUCCCUUCAAGCGGACCCGGAUCACUGGAAACCCUGUGGUGACCAACCGGAUAGAGGAAGGAGAGAGACCUGACCGUGCUAAGGGCUAUGACCUGGAGUUAAGUAUGGCGCUGGGGACAUACUACCCACCUCCCCGCCUCAGGCAGCUGCUCCCCAUGCUUCUUCAGGGAACAAGUAUCUUCACUGCCCCUAAGGAGAUCGCUGAGAUCAAGGCCCAGCUGGAGACAACCCUGAAGUGGAGGAACUAUGAGGUGAAGCUGCGGCUGCUGCUGCACCUGGAAGAGCUGCAGAUGGAGCAUGAUAUCCGGCACUAUGACCUGGAGUCAGUGCCCAUGACCUGGGACCCCGUGGACCAGAACCCCAGGCUGCUCACGCUGGAGGUUCCUGGGGUGACUGAGAGCCGCCCCUCAGUGCUGCGGGGCGACCACCUGUUUGCCCUUUUGUCCUCGGAGACACACCAAGAGGACCCCGUCACAUAUAAGGGCUUUGUGCACAAGGUGGAAUUGGACCGUGUCAAGCUAAGCUUUUCCAUGAGCCUCCUGAGCCGCUUUGUGGAUGGGCUGACCUUCAAGGUGAACUUUACCUUCAACCGCCAGCCCCUGCGAGUCCAGCACCGUGCCCUGGAGCUGACGGGGCGCUGGCUGCUGUGGCCCAUGCUCUUUCCUGUGGCACCUCGGGACAUCCCGCUGCUGCCCUCAGAUGUGAAACUCAAGCUGUAUGACCGGAGUCUGGAGUCAAACCCAGAGCAGCUGCAGGCCAUGAGGCACAUUGUCAUGGGCACCACCCGUCCAGCCCCCUACAUCAUCUUUGGGCCUCCAGGCACCGGCAAGACCGUCACGUUAGUGGAAGCCAUUAAGCAGGUGGUGAAGCACUUGCCCAAAGCCCACAUCCUAGCCUGCGCUCCAUCCAACUCAGGGGCUGACCUCCUCUGUCAAAGGCUCCGGGUCCACCUUCCCAGCUCCAUCUACCGCCUCCUGGCCCCCAGCAGGGACAUCCGCAUGGUACCUGAGGACAUCAAGCCCUGCUGCAACUGGGACGCAAAGAAGGGGGAGUAUGUAUUUCCCGCCAAGAAGAAGCUGCAGGAAUACCGGGUCUUAAUUACCACCCUCAUCACUGCUGGCAGGUUGGUCUCGGCCCAGUUUCCCAUUGAUCACUUCACACACAUCUUCAUCGAUGAGGCUGGCCACUGCAUGGAGCCUGAGAGUCUGGUAGCUAUAGCAGGGCUGAUGGAAGUAAAGGAAACAGGCGAUCCAGGAGGGCAGCUGGUGCUGGCAGGAGACCCUCGGCAGCUGGGGCCUGUGCUGCGUUCCCCACUGACCCAGAAGCAUGGGCUGGGAUACUCACUGCUGGAGCGGCUGCUCACCUACAAUUCCCUGUACAAGAAGGGCCCUGAAGGCUAUGACCCCCAGUUCAUAACCAAGCUGCUCCGCAACUACAGGUCUCAUCCCACCAUCCUGGACAUUCCUAACCAGCUCUAUUAUGAAGGGGAGCUGCAGGCCUGUGCUGAUGUCGUGGAUCGAGAACGCUUCUGCCGCUGGGCAGGCCUGCCUCGACAGGGCUUUCCCAUCAUCUUUCACGGCGUAAUGGGCAAAGAUGAGCGUGAGGGCAACAGCCCAUCCUUCUUCAACCCUGAAGAGGCUGCCACAGUGACUUCUUACCUGAAGCUGCUCCUGGCCCCCUCCUCCAAGAAGGGCAAAGCCCGCCUGAGCCCCCGAAGCGUGGGCGUCAUCUCCCCGUACCGGAAACAGGUCAGGUCCUCAGUUACCAGCAAGGGUGGGGCCCCUCCCCCAGAUGGUACCUCCUUAAUAUCCAGACCCCUAGGCAGAGGCUUCAGGAGCUUAGGCCUCUGCUGGCUCCGUAUCUCAGAAGAGCACCGAGGUCAGCUGUCCCCUCCCUUUGUUCCCCAGCUCCCUGGCCUCCUGCCAGGCUCCCUCGUGCAUGAGGUUAAUGGCAGGAGAGAAAGGCACCUGUCCCCCUCCUUCCAGGUGGAGAAAAUCCGUUACUGCAUCACCAAACUUGACAGAGAGCUUCGAGGACUGGAUGACAUCAAGGACUUGAAGGUGGGUUCAGUGGAAGAAUUCCAAGGCCAAGAACGAAGCGUCAUCCUCAUCUCCACUGUGCGAAGCAGCCAGAGUUUUGUGCAGCUGGAUCUGGACUUUAAUCUGGGUUUCCUUAAGAACCCCAAGAGGUUCAAUGUAGCUGUGACCCGGGCCAAGGCCCUGCUCAUCGUCGUGGGGAACCCCCUUCUCCUGGGCCAUGAUCCCGACUGGAAAGUAUUCCUGGAGUUCUGUAAAGAAAACGGAGGGUAUACUGGGUGUCCCUUCCCUGCCAAACUGGACCUGCAACAGGGACAGAAUUUACUGCAAGGUCUGAGCAAGCUCAGCCCCUCUACCUCAGGGUCCCAUGGUCAUGACUGCCUCCCCCAGGAGCAGGAGGGUGAAGGGGGCCUGUCUCUGCAAGUGGAGCCAGAGUGGAGGAAUGAGCUCUGAAGACACAGCACCCAGCCUUCUCGCACCAGCCAAGCCUUAACUGCCUGCCUGACCCUGAACCAGAACCCAGCUGAGCUGCCCCUUCAAGGGACAGGAAGGCUGGGGGAGGGAGUUUACAACCCAAGCCAUUCCACCCCCUCCCCUGCUGGGGAGAAUGACACAUCAAGCUGCUAACAAUUGGGGGAAGGGGGAGGAAGAAAACUCUGAAAACAAAAUCUUGUUCUAUGCAAAAGCCUUGAUAAUGUC